CUUCUGUCGAGUUCCCCAGUUGGAAUCCUGGCGGGUCCACCGCGAGAAUAUCCUUCUGAAUAUGGCGACAGCCACAAGAACGUGCCUUCUACACGUCAGGGUCCCGCCAGCCGGUAUUUGCCAUGGCCGACCACGGGGCAGACAAGGCGGAGCUUCUCUCGCGGUUCCUUGCCAAGCUCCUGCGCUUGCCAGACACAGCAAGGAAGCACCGCGUGCAGCGGGACAGAGAGGGCUGGGCCAAGUGCAGCGAAGUGGAGGCGGCAGCCCUGCGCGCACGGAAUGCCGAUGCAGCGCUGCUGAGGAGAGUGCUGCAAGAAAGCCGCUACGACAACGGAGAGCCCCGCUUCGAGGAGCGCACAGACAAAACUGGCAAGUGGGUUCGCAGCACCCGGAAGCGCCAUGAUGACGUGGAUCGGCCCGAGGUGCCGCCCAGUGUGGAGCCAGCGCCUGCGAGGGAUCCGAAUCCAGAUACUUCGGAGGGGUCGUCGCCAGAGCCAGUGGCCGAGAAGCCCUCGUCCAUGGGAAUGAGGAGCAUGCACUCGACCUGCAUGACGCGAACCAUGGAGUUCUUACAGGAGUUUCGGGAGCUCUUGAGCCUGAUGUGGGUAAACAAGGCGUGGCAGGAGACUGUCUGGCCACGGGUGCGGUGCGCUGGAUGGCGCCACCACCCGAAUCCCGGCCUCAAGUCGAAGAAGCUGCCCUGCGGCCACAGGGUCUGCGCGCGCUGCCAAAACGAGAUGUGCAAGUGCCCGAAGUGUGGGCGUUUGCGAAAGAGCAGGGACGAUGCCUCGUCUCUAAAAUCCUUGGACGACCCGCGCACCUGCUCCAGCAGCAUGGUGAGCAGCAUUGCCAGCAGUGUCGCUUCAGAGAUUUGCCAGCUGCGAUGGGUGUGUCGGCCCUUGCACGAUGGUGAGCCCUUCGACGAGGAGCUGAAAAGAGAAGAGGUCAAGGUGGUGAACUAUUUGAAGAACACACCGGGCAUGCCCGAGGAGGUGACGCGGUACUGGAGCUUCACCACAGGCACGCAAGCAAAGGCAAAGCUGCCCCAGCCCCAGCCAUGCUGACUUUGUCGUUUCAUUUUGGAUAAUUAGUUGUACGUCGUUAAGGCACAUUUUUCUUUGUUCCUUUCCCUGCCACCCGUGCGCAGCUUCUUCGCCACUUCCCCGUUUCUCCAUCAAUUGUGCCAAUGAGGUUUUGUCUUCAAGGAAUCGUGGAGAUUCGAGGCCCGAGCACAGCGGAUGUACGAGCGCACUGCUUUUUCGAGAGCGAGGAGUGCACCGGCUCCUCCGAGAAAGAGGCUGUGAGAAAUCUGAUGAGACAGUUGAAGCCGUCGAACAGGUGGAACAAGGAGAGGAUAUCCAGAUGAUGCGAGUCUCACAUGCGAGUAUGUUCCACUCUUGGCACUUUGAUGUUUGUUCUUUGUGGC